UUUAAUUUGAAUUGAAUUAUUUUGUAGUUGAUCUAAGACUAAGAUAGAUAAGAGAAGUUUUCUUUAUUCUAAAUAUCUUACAAUAUGGAUUAUUCAACGAUAAGUAACAAAUCAGGUAUAACUGAGGCUGAUAUUACAAACGGUGAAUUGUCCGAAAAGUAUUAUUCUUUGAAAAAACAACAUGAAAAUUUAUCUAGCAGCUACGAUGCUACAAAACAAGAACUACACAACAUUAAACUGAGUUAUCAGACCACCUUAGACGUCCUGAGUCAUGUAAACGCCGAGUUAGAAAGCCACCAGUUAGAAGGAGAGAAACGUAGAAAUGAGUUGAACAACCGAAUUGCAUGUCUCCAAGAGGAAAUAACAAUAUUGCGGGAAGAGAAAUCAGAAUUGGAAGUUAGACAUGCUAUUCAAAUUAAAAAGUUUGAAGGUGAAAUUCGUCGUUUGAAAGAGGAACAGACGAUUAACAAACGCGAGAGUCCAGGUCGCGACACAACUGAGUUGGAUGAUGCCAAGGCGGCUGUAGCCUCAGCAGAGUCAGAAGCUGCUAAAGCAAAUAUAGCUUUGGAUGAAGCACGAGCUGAGAUAUUGUCAUUGAGGAUGAGAACUGAGGAACUUGUGACAGAAAUGGCACAGAUGCGUAUUGCGGCGGAUAUACGGCGGGAAGAGCUCAAAGCAGCAGGAGAGAGGGAAGCAGUGGCACUGGCAGACUUAGCCGAAGCCAGGGCUACGCUGCUACAGUAUACUUCAGACACCCAAGACUUACAGCCACAUGCUGCUAAAGGAAAUUCAAUAUUUGCUGAAGUUGAAGAUAAAAGGCAAGAAAUGGCAAAGAAUUUGAUACAAAUGAAACAGACCAAUUCUAGGCUAAGAAGAGAACUCGCCAAUAAACAGAACGAGAUAGACGUAUUGCUGCGAGAGAAACAGACCAUCUGGGAGCAGCAGAGUGGUGCCAGUGCGCAUUACGACAGAAAAUUGAUUGAAAAGUACGAAGAAAGAAUUACCCAACUGGAAGGUCUAUGCGAGAAGCAAAGACGGGAGCUGGUUCUUUGGUUUGGAAAGCUGUGCGAACCCACUGCCAAUGGGUGGCUGCCUGGAGUGGUGGACCAUCUGAAGACGGAAGUUGUAAAACUGAGAGCUGAAGUGGUAUCCAUGGGUGCUGCUCACUUGGCUAGCGCAGCUCAAGCAAGAGAACUUCGCAGAAAACUGGCGGUUUUGACGGCAAAUGGUAACGCGCAGGCUAUUAGUUCUCCUGCAAACAAUCGUCAAGAAAAUAAAACAGCCAUUAAAAAUGUUGCUGCCCCGAAAGAAGAUAUUGCAAUGCGGAAAUUUCCAGUACAAAUCAGAAGCAAUCAAAAAGUUGAAGAUGUCAAAAAGAAAGUGGCCUUUAACUAGUUUAUUGUAAGGAUUUAUUUAAGGCGUAUAAUAAAAAUAGACAUAUUUAGAUAAAUCAAGCAUUUUUUAAAAUAAAUUA